AUGUUUGCUGCAAGCCACACUGCAUCAGACAAAACUCCCAGAAAUGGCGGAUUACCGAUUACUUGUCCUCAAAAGGCAACAAAACCUCAAGGCAAAGCUAGUGUCGAAAUGAUUAACAAACUCUCCCCAAGCGGACCUACUGGGUCAAAGAAAAGUCGAGGUGAAAUCGAGCUAAUAUUCACGUUCAUUGAAUCCAAAGUUGCAGAAUCCAAAGUUGCAGAAUCCAAAGUUGCAGCAUCCAGAACGUUUCCGGGCCUCUUCGCUUUUCACGAGCGAGCAAGUAAAAUAAGAUACGCAUCGCGGCCCAACCACGACAAAGACUCUCAAAUGGCUGAGGUCAAAGCCGCCAGACACCUGACAUACCCUGCGAUGUCCGGGGGAUCCUCAGUGAGAGCUGAUAGCUCCAUCAUCAAUAUCAAAGAUGACAGUACAAAGGACAGACCCUGUCUCCAAUUCAAUUUCACCUUAGAUUCGGCUUUUAUGCAUGACUGGGAGCCAGAGAUUCUCUGCUAUAAUGCUGGGAAUGAGAUAAGAACACUUGGCCAUCAUCUAUGA